UAUGGGAUAGGAAUGAAAUGCUUGCAUUCUUCCAGGCGCGGGCGACUUGUCCGCCUCGAGUUGCGCGCGCACUGUAGAGGAUCCGGAAGUCCCGCUUCCCACUCCUGGGCCUAAAAUGACUGAAGUAAAGCAAGCUGAAGCUCAGCUGUCUGAAUUAGACCUGCUCUCUAGUAUGUUUCCUGAUGAGAAUGAAUUCAUAAUACAUGAUCAUCUGGCUUUAGCAGAACUGAAAGAUUAUGUGGAAAUGAGGACCACAGAAGUUCCAUCUUCAAAAGUUCACUUUACUAUAAAUAUAAAAGUAGAGAUUUCUAAUGAAUCUAUGGUUACAUUUUCUUUAUCUUGUGCCCUCCCUUUUCAGUAUCCUGCAAGCCUGCCUGAAAUUACUGUCAGAUCACUUUCAUUAAGUAGAGCCCAGCAGGCCCAGCUAAACACAGACCUAACUGCAUACCUUCAGAAAGGAUACUGUGGGGAAGUUUGUAUACUAAAUGCAACAGAAUGGGUUAAAGAGCAUGCAUCAACCUAUAUCAAAAGAGAACCCAUGCCUUCCACUACCACCAAGACAAAUCCAACUUAUUCAACAGAUGUCAUUUUCACAAGACUUUGGAUCUAUAGCCAUCACAUUUACAACAAACAGAAAAGAAAAAAUAUUAUGGAAUGGGCAAAGGAUCUCUCCCUCUCUGGGUUUAGCAUGCCUGGGAAGCCUGGAGUUAUUUGUGUUGAAGGUUCACAAAGUACAUGCGAAGAAUUCUGGGCAAGACUCCGAAGAUUAACAUGGAAGAGAAUUUUAAUUCGCCAUCGAGAGGACAUUACUUUUGAUGGCACACAAGAUGAACUGCAAAAACAAAGAAAAUUUUUUAAUUUUGAAGAAAAAGUUUUUGAUACAAAUGGUAACAGAGGAAAUCACAUGGAUUUGGGUCAGCUUUAUCAAUUUUUAAGCGCCAGGGGAUGUGCUGAUGUUUUUCGGAUUUACUUCGGCAUAGAGGGACAGUAGUUGAAUAAAGUAUACAUAGAAGACUUUUUUUUUUUUUUUUUGCCCAGUCAUGGACUUAGUUUCAUUCUUGUUACACUUUUUGCUGAGGGACUAAUGAGUAUUUUAAACUGCAGAUUGAUACUUUCAGUCAAGAGGGCUACCUGAACAAGGCAAACAGCUCAGCUCCCAUAAACCUCCUGCAUUAAAAACCUAAAAAUAGCACAAGACCCAAGUGAUCAUGAAAUCUACUAAGAGACUACACUACGUGACUUUAUCCCACAAUUGCACAAAAUGGUAACCAGAAGCCCAUAGGCAAUAGGAAAGCCAGUGUCAGCACAGGCCAACAAGCUAGAUGCCUCCUUGAUAAUCAAAAGAGUUUUGAAAGUAAUGUUUUUACUUUAUUAUAGACUUUUUUUAAGUAGUAGAUUUACAGUUUCACAUAUAAUUCUCAAACAAAAAAACAACUAGAUGUUGAAUUUGCCUUAUUAGCAUUUCACUUGCAUAGUGCUGAAGAACUGAAUGAAGGUCACCUUUAUAUCAUGAUGAGGAAUCAGAUAAUUUAAUGUAGGCAUCAUGUCACUACUUUAUUUAGGAUACAGCCCUUAUUGCCUACUAUAUCAGAUCAAAACUACACUGCCCUUUUUUCAAGGCCUUCCAUAAUUCAAGUGGACUAAGCACUGUGGAAAAUAUGUAAUACAUUUAAGAUAUAAUUCCACUUUUAAAGCAAGUAUAGUCAUGUAGGGGAGAAAGAUAAGGUAAGUUUAUGGAGCUACUAAUGAAGCAAGGCAGUUCCAAGAUGAGUGAUUGCACUCCAUAGGACACUGUGUGUAUAUAUAUAUAUAUAUAUAUAUAUAUAUAUACACACACACACACAUUCUAUAGUUCUAUAGGAAUCUAGACUAUGAAGAAAGAGAUGAAUGUGGACUCGAGUACUUAGGGAAGUCUUUAUGGAGGAAGGAACCUUGGUCCUGAAAAAUGGGUGGGAUUUCAAUAGGCACAAUGUAGUGAUAAUGAACAAAGAUAAAAGUUAGAUGGAACAGAGAGUUCUUGCUGGGAAAUAAGGCAGUUGGAUAGCUAAAAUGGGCCUAGAGUGACAGCCUAAAAAAAAAAAUCCAGACUUCAUUCCAGUGGCAGUGGGAAUCUGUUAAAGAGUUUUUGGGCAGGGAAGUGACCUGAUGUAAAAUGCUAUUGUUGUCACAAUGCAUGGUGGGGUCAGGGUAGGUAACAAUUGAUAUAGUACUUUGAAAAAAUGAUCUCAUUUGAGUCCAUAGCACCUCUAUGUGGUAGCUACUACAGGUAUCACAUUUAUUUUAUAGUCGAGAAAACCAGCUCAAACAGAAUAAGGAACUUCUCCAUGUUCACACAGCUGGUAAAUGUCCUAAGUUGUAUUUGAACCCCAGUCUUCCUGAGUUCAAAUCCAGCAAUCUCGAUUAUGCUUGAUUCAGGCAGAGAAACUAAUAAGGACACUUCCUGUUAUUUAAGCUUAAGUUAAUAAGAAUAGAAAAAAAUCUCUUUUUUUAGUAGAAAACAUGCAGAGACAUGGGUUAGAUGUUGAUAAAUAGAUCUGGAACCAGUCAAAUAACCAUACUUAAAGAAUAGUCGUUAGUGACUCAAUGUCAGUUUAGAAGGAAUAUGCCAGUGUAGACUACCAAGGAUCUAUCCUUUGGCCUGAGGCAGCUAAGUGGCCCAGUGGAUAGAGUGCCAGCCCUGGCAGGAAGACUCAUCGAGUUCAAAUCUGGCCUCA